AUGGCUUUCAAUCUUGAUUUUUUGCUUUCGAUUAAACUCUUCGAAAUUUUAACUCUAACAUUCCUUUAUUACAUAUUCCACUUUUACUUUAACUACUAUACACGUAAAAAUCCACUUCCUGGCCCAUUCCCACUUCCAAUAAUUGGUAAUCUUUAUUUAAUCCGUGGUGACCUAUUCGACUUUAUUCAAAAAAAUCACCAGCAAUAUGGAGAUUUAUUUGAACUCUGGGUACCAAAUCGCAACAUUUACUUUAAUAAUGUCAAUCAAAUCGGAAAACUAACACAACCAAACACCAAAAGUUCAUUUACCACUCAAAUGAAACUCACUAAAAUUUUUCAAGAAUACAUACAAACAUUUGGGUUUAUUAUAUUGAACGACGACUACGAAAGUUGGCGAUAUUAUCGAAAAUUACUUGAGCAGACCAUCUCAAAUCAAAGUUACCAACAUUCGCUGUUUGAUGUUAUUUUAGAAUGUUUUGGAGAGAUACAGGGACACUGGAAGAAGCUUGGUGCUGAACAUGUUAUUGAUAUCAGAGAAUGGGCUUUACGUCUAUUAUUUGAUAUCUUGAUUCGCACAACUACAGGAGAAAAUUUAUUUAUUAUGACCAAAUAUUUCAAUCAUUUAACGGCUGGACCGAAAGUUCAUAUCGCCAAAGAAAUCGACGAAAUGGGAGAAGGUAUCGACCAACAAUUAAAAAACGGCGCAAAAGCGCUUUUUUAUUUUCAGUAUGUGCCUGAAGUGUUGGCAAGAACUGUUUUUUGGUGGAAGACUAAAAAAUAUUUACAAAUAUCCAAAAAGGCGCAAUCUGUGUACAAUAAAAUUAUUGAAAAGCGAAAACAAGAAAUUCGGAACGAAGAUUCAUCUAAUCGAAAAGUGGAUGUUUUGAAUUUAUUACUGAACGCUAAUUUAUCAGACGAAAAUGAAUCACCGAGCAGUAAAUCAAUACGUUUGUCUGAUCAAGAAAUAAGCAUUUUUCUAUUUGAAAUUAUUAAUACGUCAAUUCUGACGACUUCAAAUACUUUUGCUUUCACGGUCGAACAUAUAGAACGCAAUAAAAAGGUCAAAGAAAAAUUACUUGAGGAACUGAAGACUGUUUUUGGAGACGACAAAAAUAAUAUCUCUUUUUACAAACUUAGCCAACUGAAAUAUAUUGAAGCAGUGAUUUACGAAACCCUUCGAGUCACUCCACAAACUUUAACAAUUAUUCGAACUAACAAUAAAGAAGUCGAUGUUAGCAACAUAAAGAAAAAUUCAAAUCUUAGUUUUGGAACUGGAUUACGCAUUUGUCCUGGUCGAUUCCAAGCGAUAAAUAUGUUAAAAACUCUGAUUUUUUUAUUAUAUCUUAAUUAUCAUGUCGAAUUAGUCGAUCCUCAUUCGCCAAUUAAAAACGAAUUUACUUUUGUAAAUAUUUGUCUUAGCGGAAAAGUUUAUGUGAGACCACGUAAUGCAGAAUAA